CAACCAGAAACCCUUCUCUCAGUUCUUCACAUUUUCUAACGCCCUUUUCAAAGAGCUCAUGCUCAUCAAUCUUCAAUGGCUCCUCCCUGAAUCAAAUUGAAACUCUGUUUAAAAACUAAAAUAUCAGAAAUUUGUUCAGAGUUUCCGCAACCAGAGGUUCUGUACCGCCUUGGCCGACAAUUUGUGAAAAUAUUUCUUGAUUGUUAUUGCUUCCAGGAUCAAUGGGGGAAUCUUCUGCGUGCCUCGUGCGCUCAUUUUCUCAGCCUUCUCCUACAUCUGAAGAAGAAAAAAUGAGGAAUCCGAUAGAUCGGGCCCUGACAGCAUCAGUAUCGUUCGGAAGGUUCAUGUCUGAGUCGUUAGACUGGGGGAAAUGGUCAGCUUUUAAUAACAACCGAUACUUGGAUGAAGUUGAAAGGUAUACGAAGCCUGGUUCUGUUGCUGCGAAGAAAGCUUACUUUGAAGCACAUUUCAAGAGAAGGAGGGCAGCAAAAUUGCUCGAGCAGCAAAAUGUAGCAGCUUGCACCCGCACUGAAACAGAAAAUGCAGAAAAUAAGAUUGAAGACAAUUCAUCCGUUGAUUUCAGCCAUGUACAGAGAGCAGAGAUUCAGAGUAGCAUACCAAUCGUUCCUUGUGGGCAGAGUGGUGACGUUGACGAUACUUCAGUUAUCAGAACGAUGGGAGAUUCCAAGCCUGGAGAAACUGCACAAGCCAUGGCGACACUUGCUGAGCAUCUUAAAGAUGAUGUGUGCAUUGGUGAUACGGUGUUGAAGAAAGAGGAUAACACGUGCAUCAAGGAUGAUGUUGCUAUAAGAAACUUGGCAGCAGGUGGGAAGAUACCCAGAGCUCCUUCUGCUAAGAUGUUGACAGAAGGGUUCGCUUCCAAGCGUCCACCUUCAGUGGAACCGAUAGUGCCUGAUCAGGCCAAUAAUAGUGAUAAAUCACCACCAGAGAGCAAUCGUAGUUCGUCAGGCUCGAGCAACAAAAGAAGAUCCUACAUGACAUCCCUUCACAUGUCCAUUAAUUUGGCUUCUUGUCCAGGCGUGACCCAAAAUGAUACAUCUUCAGGUUUACCAAAGAUUGAAAACUCAAAAGUCAUCAGAGCUCCAGCAAAGAAAUAUAAAAACAGCGCGCUUCCUCAAACUUCAACUAGUGGAUCUGUGAAUGGUCUAAUCAAGCAGUUUUCAGUGGCACCUACAGCAGAAAACGGAAGGACUGUGAGACCACAUGGUGAUUCAAUCCCAGAAACCAAAACAACAGAUGAAAAGGUUCAGUCCCCAUUCACAAAAUACCCCAAGUCUUCAAAUUUAUUUGGAAACAAAGCACGGCUACCAACUGUGCCUUCUUCCUUCACUUUUAAGAGUGAAGAAAGAGCAGUAAAACGGAGAGAGUUUUUUCUGAUGCUCGAGCAGAAGGCAAAAUCGAAGGAGAAACAUCAAAUGCAUGCAAGACCACAGGCCACAGGAAGAAAUAGUAAUAAGGAUGCUGGAAAAUCCAUUACACUAGAAACAUCCAAAGCAGUUGAAGCUCCCUUAAGAAACAUAACAAAAAAGGCCACUGGAAGAAAUAGUGAUAAGGAUGCUGGCAACUCCAUUACACUAGAAACAUCCAAAGGAGUGGAUGCUCCCUUAAGAAACAUAACAAAAAAGAUUCCAACUGCAAGACCUUUUUUUCCAAAAAUAGAAGAAAGAGCUGCUGCUUUCAAAGUUCAGGACAGUAACAUUGUGAGACCUCCUUGGAAAUUCUCGGCGAAGACAGAAGGAUCCAAGGAUUUUACUGCGAAGAAUAGCCGGACGCCAAGCCACUCUACAAAAUGUCAGCCAAAGAAGAUCAUGAAUGAAAAUGCUUGUCCAAACAUCCAGCUUUGACUGCUGAAGCACAUUUUUGCUGCUCUCUGGAGAAAUUAGUUACAGCAGCGCAUUGCCUGCGUCGCAUAGAGAGGAAGUAAGUCUUUACGAUCUGGAAAUGGGAACGAGUUGAAGGUUUGUGUGUAAUUACUAGUUGCAUUUGACAGUUGGGUUAAUAUAUAUCAUAAGAUGUUUCUAUAAGUUGUGAGAAUUGAUGAUCCAAGACACUUCUGGAGAUAUAAAUAUAGUUUUUACUUUUGCAGUCA